AUGGAGCAGCUCAUUUUGAAGCUCUCGACCUCUGUCCUCUUUCCCUUGAUAUGGCAGUUCAUCUUGUUUGGUAGCCUUGUGAAUGGGCAGCUGGUGACAUUCCACAUCACGAAUAAGUGCCCCUUCCCAAUAUGGCCAGCAGCUGCCCCUAAUGCCGGCCAUCCUGUGAUCGGUGAUGGUGGCUUCUUCCUCCCACCUGGACAAACCAAGCGAGUCCAUGCCCCACCCACAUGGAAUGGGCGCUUUUGGGCCAGAACCGAUUGCAACUUCAACUCCACCUCUAAACCUCUUUGCCAAACUGGCGACUGCGAUAGCCUUCUCUCAUGCAAUGGAUCUAUAGGCAUGCCUCCUGCCACUCUUGUUGAGGUUGCAUUGCAGGAAGAUAAAAGCAAACCUAGCUUCUAUGAUGUUAGUGUGGUUGAUGGGUACAAUCUACCCAUUUCUGUCUCAACCAUGCCAGCUGAUCGAAAGUGUUGGAUUGGUGGGUGCACAAAGAGCAUCAACAGCGUAUGCCCACCAGAACUCCAGGUUUUAGAUCAAAGUGGAGGUGUUAUCGCAUGCAAGAGUGCAUGUCUGGCAUUCGAUUUGGAUGUGUUCUGCUGUAGAAAUUCCUAUGGGAAGCCUCAGAAAUGCAAGGCCAGCAUGUACUCUAAGAUGUUCAAGGAUGCAUGCCCUUCCUAUUUCAGCUAUGCUUAUGAUAGUCCACCUCCACUUGUGAAUUGCUACUCCAAAGAUUAUGUAAUCACAUUCUGCCCCUCCAAAUGGAGCACUCACCUAUCUAUGUAAUUGAAAAUUAUACUAUUGGGACAGUAUACAUUGUUAAGUUACUUUUGUAAGGAUAAAAGAAAUUAUA